AUGACGUCACAGCGCGUGAGCCAGCGGCGCCUGCUGACCGCGUCCCGGCGCUUCCUCGCGUCGGCCUCCUGUGCAUCAAGCGAGGCCGUCGCCACGUACUGCCGCAACCUCGAGUUUGCUCUCAAGCACAUGGAGCUGGAUCCGAGCCUGAGCUGCACGCCCGAGUACGACGAGCUCGUCGGCGCAAUCGAGCGCGCGGCCGAGCCGCCGACAAAGAGCCACGUGGACUCGAUCUUGUCGCAGCUGGAAGAGCACGUCCAGAGCGGCUGGGACGCGCAGAACGCGAGCCUCAUGGACGACACCAACGACCUUGUCGAGGACUUGGACGAUCUCCUCGGCGCCUCGCCCGUGCCGGAACAGCCAACCACCUCGCUCAAGGACAUGCGCGAGAAGCUCGGCAUUACGGGCUCGAGAGGCGUGCGCGCCAGCGCCUCGGCCGAGCACUCGAAGGAAGAGAAGGACGCGAUGGAGGCCGAGAUGUACCAGAUGACACAGCACUUGAAGGCGUAUGCGCACAGCUACGACGAAUCGCUGCAAGACGACGCGGCGCUCAUCAGCAGCGUCGCCGACCGCGCGCAGGCCAACUUGGCCAAGCUCGACUCGGAGAACGCGCGGCUCGAGGUGCAUUUGAACAACGGACUCACGGUUUGGAAGAUGCUGCUGCUCCUCGGGCUUGUGUUCGUCGUCUUCCUUGGCAUGUAUAUCUUUAUGAAGCUCUUUGCGCACCGACGCUACCCGCUCUUUUAA